AUGUUCUUUCAUGUCAGUUUGGAUCAUGAAAUUUUACUUCAUCCACGUUAUUUUGGUCCACAACUUAUUAAAACAGUUCGACGUAUGUUAUUCAAUGAAGUCGAAGGAAAAUGUAUUGGCAGAUACGGUUAUGUAAUUGCAGUUACAUCAAUAGAUAAUAUUGGUGUGGGUAAAAUUCAACCUGGACGUGGCUAUGUUAUAUUUCCUGUUAAAUAUCAUGCUAUUGUAUUUCGACCAUUUAAACAUGAAGUUGUCGAAGCUAUUAUUACUCAAGUCACAAAAAUGGGCAUUUUUUGUAAAAUUGGUCCAUUAACUUGUUUCAUUUCACGUCAUAGUAUUCCACGUGAUAUGGAAUAUGAUGCAAGUGCAAAUCCACCAUGUUAUAAAAAGAAAGAUGAUGAUCUUAUGAUUCAACCAGAUGAUAGUAUUCGAGUGAAAAUUGCUGGUCUUCAAGUUGAUGCUAAAGAAUUUUUCGCCGUUGGCACACUAAUGGAUGAUUAUCUAGGUAACUAG